AUGGGUGCAUCGCAUUCUACACCCCCACCACUCGUCGAAGUCAAUGCACCUGGAGGAAAAGUCUUGGUUCCACCUGGCACAGCGUUCACCGUCCACCCACCCUCUUACGCGCGCUCCAGAUCUGAUCCAUACACACGCGGUCCCGUCUACACACCCUGUCUACCGCCAUAUCGUGGCGAACGCCGACACCAACGUCCGAGACCUCGACCCCAUCCUCGCUACGGAGGACCAGACAUCCAUAUUGCAGAGGACAGUGAAGAUAGUGAGAGCACAGGGACAGAAAUCAACAUGAUGGAAGGUAUGAGCCCACGGGGUAUGCGACGACAAACGUCAAAGGGCUAUCAAGGAGGUAUGAUGGGUGGUGGUGGUGGUGGCAUACCAGGCAUGGGAGGAAUGGGACGAAUGGGACGAAGAGAUGGACUGAGAGGUUUCGAUGGCAUGGAUGCGAGACCUAGGUCUGCACCUGAGAUGCAGGUGGGUGGUUAUCCGGGUAUGGGCGGUAUGCCAAUGGGUAUACCUGGAAGCCCACGGAUGGGAGGUUUAGUGGGGAUGGUUGGUAUGGGCGCGAUGGGAGGUAUGCAACCGUCCGGUAUGCAACCGGAGUAUACAUCGAACCCAUCGAUGGUUCGAUUUGGUGUUGGCGGAGGCAUGCCAGGUGCAGGCAUGAACCUGUACGCAAAUCAUGCGGGAGCAGGUUCCAGCCAGUCAUCACGCAGUAGCCCCGACCCACCUCAGGCCACGCGAAGACCCACAGGUAGAACGGCCAGGCACUACGAGCACAUUCCAAUGGGAGUAUAUGCCAACGCGGAGAAGCCACGGCGACCGUCACGCAGGGUGGAGCCAACAACGUCAGCCCAUCUGAACCGCGGUCAACCUUUGAACAAGAAGGUUGGACCUUCAGGGAGUGAGUGGGUCGAUGGUGAGAAUCCCUGGCUUGAUGCUUGUACUUGCACUACUGGAUGCGAUUGCCGGAAAAGUCAACGCGUCCUGUAUCGUGCACAACACGAUCGUCAUCGAGGCAGCGGCUCAGGUGAAGAAGAUCAUGUCCUCACUAGCGGCGAGAUCAGGUACGUUCUAAAGACAGAUUUAGGCCGCGACUGUGGAGAUCACUCAGGAUGCAAGAAACAUGAGAGCAGCGACAGUGAAAAGGAGCAGAAGAGCAAGAAGAAGAAGAAAGACAAGAAAGAGGAUAAGAAGCGCAAAGACCAGUUGGACGAGUUCAAAGAUGACAUAAUAGAAGCGCUUGACGAGCGGUUGCAAGAUCUCAAAAAAGACAGUCAGCAACGAGGUAAACCGGCGGGCCCCGCAAGACAACCUUUUGGCGGACCGGGCAUAGCGCCGAGUGCGUUCAUCAUGAACGAUAUGGAUAUGGAUCCACAAAUGGCCCAGCAGAUGGGCAUGAUGGCCGGCGACCUGUACGGCACGGGUCGGAUGCCAACUGGCAUGGCUGAUCCAACAGGUAAACGGCCCAUGCAUCCUCGUAUGGCGAUGGGUGGUGUCAUGGGCGGCAUGGGUCUCACUGAUUUGGGAGGCUUUGAGAAUGACCUUUCUGACAUGGGUGGCAUGGGGAUGAUAAGAAACCCAUACAUGCAACCUGGCAUGAUGAACAAGAAGGGUAUGCGGCCCAACUUCAUGUCGCAUCGUGGGGCCAAGACAGAGAGACAAUACGGCAAUGGAGGUGUGGACACGGGCAUGGACAUGGAUCAAAUGGCAGCAAUGUAUGCCAAAGCCAUGGGAAGAGGCCGCGGAGGCAUGCCGGCGGGUGGUGGACGUGGCGGUGGUGGAGAUAGGCGAGCCCAUCUAGACUCAGAGUCCGAUGAUUUCGAUCUUGGACCCGGGCCUUCAAUGCGGUCGCGCAUACGACAACAGGCUGGCCGUGAAUGGGCCGGACGUGGCAGCAGGAGACUAGGCAAUGAAGACAAGGAUAUGCCCAUUAGGCGUAACUUCGGAGGCAGCCCGCUUGGGAGGAAUCACGGCAGUCAGGAUCGAGGCAAGCAGCCCCGAGUUGAUACAGAUGACGACGAUGCUUAUUGA